CCGGAUUCUACAAAAACCCUAACCGGGAGGAAACCCUCCUACUGACUAUAAGAGCAAAUCUUACAUCAUCUCUCAAUCUCAGCCGUCAACAUCUUCAUCCAACGGCUAAAACCCUCUCCACGCUCCAUGCUUAUCAAUCCCCCUGCACUUCAUCACUUUCUCUCUCUUGAAAAUGGUCCAUCUCAUAACGAUCAACUGUAAAAUGGCAUUGUCGGAGCUAUAAUUUUAGCUAAAUGUUUGAACUUAUGCGAAAAAAAUGGAAUCUUUAACAGUUUCUCCACCUUUUUUUUAGUUGUCUGAGAGAACUUACGGGGAAUUAAGUUAAUAUUGUUGCUUUCUGAGCUUAAUGUUUGUCGAUGCUUUUUGUAGUUCGCGUGUGUGUAUAUUUUUGCAAUGAUUACUGAUGAAAAUCGGAGAAUGCGAUCGGUGAUGGGAGGGAGCAGCGAUUUUGGGGAAGAGCUAGAGGUGCUGCUAAGAGAGCAGAGGAGGCAGCUGGAGGAGGCGGGCAAUCGGGAGGGGGAACUGAGCAUUUUCCGGAGUGGCUCAGCUCCGCCGACGAUCAAAGGAUCGCCGGAGGCUCUCGGCGGCGGUGAUUUGAAUGGAGUUUCGGAGGAGGAGAUGAGGUCUAAUGCGGCGUAUGUUUCGUAUUACUAUUCUAACGGGAACGUGAACCCUCGGCUCCCGCCGCCUCUUUUGUCCAAGGAGGACUGGCGGUCGGCGCAGAGGCUGCAGGGCGGCGGCGGUGGAGGUAUUAAUGGCGGCGGCGGCGGUAGUGGGAGUCACGUGAGGCUCGGGGGAAUUGGAGACAGAAGGAAAGUGAGUAGAGGGGUUGAAACGUCCCAAAUUUCAAUGGGAAUGGGAUUUUCUGGGAAGAAUCUAGAAAAUGGAAGUGAGGCACAGAAGGACUGGGGAGGCAGUGGACUUAUUGGAUUGCCAGGACUGGGUUUAGGAAGUCAGCAGAAGAGCAUAGCAGAGAUUGUUCAGGAUGAUAUAAGCCACACGAUACCUACUUCAAGACAUCCAUCUCAUCCUGCCAGCCACGCGGUGGAUGCUAUCAUUGAGUCUCCCGAGUCUCAAUUUGAUCAUUUCCGGACUGAAUUAUCACCUUUGGAGGCAUUGCAUUCUCGUGCAAAUAUUCCAGACGUGUCUUCACUUCCAAACAUUGGUUCAUCUGCUUCUCAUACGUAUGCUUCUGCUUUGGGUGCUUCACUGUCAAGAAGUUCCACACCUGAUCCUCAACGUAUUGCUAGAGCUCCAAGUCCACAAAUUCCUCCCAUUGGAGGAGGAAGAGAAAGCUCUGCUGAUAAAAUAAGUUUAAAUACCUCCAAUUCAUUACAUGAUGCUUCACCUUAUACAUUGGAGUCUGCAGAUUUGGUUGCCGCAUUUUCUGGCAUGAACCUGUCGGUGGAUAACAUUGUAGAUGACGGGAAUUGCCCAAAACCUCAGGUGCAUCAGGAGAGUGGUAAUAACCAAGACUUCUUAAAUGUGCAGAAUCAGCAGAACCAUAUUAGGCAAUUCUCUCACUUGAAUAAGUCUGCUGUUCUCCAUGGUGGCUCAUUCUUGAAAGGGCAUUCCACUCCGACUCUAAAUAGUGCAGGAAGAUCACCACCAUCUCAGUAUCUAAAUGGUCAUAGUCCUGAUUCAGUGUUUCCAGGUUUCAGCAUGAAUGCAUCACAGUUUGAGGGUAGUAAUUUGGCUUAUUUAUCUAAUAAUAAUGCGGGUGCAUUUGGACUUGAUUCUCGAGCAAUGGGAGGUGGCAUGCCCUCGAGCAAUGGUAAUUUGGCUUAUUUAUCUAAUAAUGCUGGGGAAGAAUUGCAGAACCUCUAUAGACAUAGGAAUCAGAACAUAGGGAGUUCUAUGCAAAAGCCCUUUUUGGACCCUCUUUAUCUUCAGUACUUGCAAUCGACUGAGUAUGGUGCUGCUCAACUCACAGCUCUUAAUGAUCCAGCAGUUAACAAUGGAUCUCUUUGUGACGUGUACAUGGAUUUGCUUGAACUUCAGAAAGCUUACUUAGGAAAAUUGAUUGCAUCCCAGAAAUCACAGUAUGGACUUCCUUGCUUUAGCAAAGCUGACAGCUUAAAUCAUGGUUAUUUUCACGGCCCUGGAAGCCCAAUCCUUCCAAAUUCCCCGUAUGGACCUGGUAGUCCUGUCAGGUAUGGUGAAAGGGACUUGUGCUUUUCAUCAGGGAUGAGGAGCUUUGCUAAUUGCAUCCCAGGGGCAUGGCACUCUGAUCCACUGUCCAACCUUGGGGGAAGCUUUACUUCCUCACUAAUAGAUGAGUUUAAACACAAUAAAACUAAAUGUUUUGAGCUAUCAGAGAUUGACGGUCAUGUUGUUGAGUUCAGCGCGGAUCAGUAUGGAAGUCGGUUCAUUCAACAGAAACUUGAGACAGCUACUAUUGAAGAGAAGAAUAUGGUCUUCCAUGAAAUUAUGCCUCAGGCUCUAUCCUUAAUGACUGAUGUGUUUGGUAAUUAUGUGAUCCAGAAGUUUUUUGAACAUGGAAGUGCAUCGCAGAUUAGAGAAUUGGCUGACCAGCUCGAUGGACAUGUUCUCACCCUUAGCCUUCAAAUGUAUGGAUGCCGAGUUAUCCAAAAGGCAUUAGAGGUUGUUGAUCUGGACCAAAAGACAAAAAUGGUUAUAGAGCUUGAUGGCCACAUUAUGCGCUGUGUUCGUGACCAGAAUGGAAAUCAUGUAAUCCAGAAGUGCAUUGAAUGUGUUCCAGAAGAGGCCAUCCAGUUUAUUGUUACCACAUUUUACGAUCAAGUUGUGAUGUUAUCCACCCACCCAUAUGGGUGUCGGGUCAUCCAGAGAGUCCUGGAACAUUGCCAUAGUGCCAAAACCCAGAGUAUAGUGAUGAAUGAGAUUUUGCAGUCCGUAUGCAUGUUGGCACAGGAUCAAUAUGGAAAUUAUGUCAUUCAGCAUGUAUUAGAACAUGGAAAGCCAGAUGAACGGUCGGCUAUAAUUUGUCAGCUAAUAGGACAAAUAGUUCAUAUGAGCCAGCAAAAAUUUGCCUCUAAUGUUGUGGAGAAGUGCUUAACUUUUGGAACACCCGAAGAGCGUCAAACCUUGGUAAAUGAGAUGCUUGGCUCCAAUGACGAGAAUGAACCACUUCAGGCGAUGAUGAAAGAUCAAUUUGCAAACUAUGUCGUACAAAAGGUGCUGGAGACUUGCGAUGACCAGCAGCUUGAACUUAUCCUCAACCGAAUAAAGGUUCACUUGAAUGCUCUGAAGAAAUAUACCUACGGAAAACAUAUAGUUGCCCGGGUCGAGAAACUUGUUGCUGCUGGGGAGAGGAGGAUCAUGAUCCUGUCAUUGAAUUCUGCACAGAUGUAGGAAGGGAAUUGCAGAACUAACGACAACACCAGUAUGCGUUUCUCUCUUGUUUCUUCUCGUAUCCUGCUUUAGCUCGAUCUUAGGCUCUUAGCUGUAUCGGUUAAAUAUGGGCGUUUAGCGCCCGUUAGAAUAGAACUUGUGAGUUGUACAUUGUUAGAUUGAGGAUAGAGUUAGAAUGAGAUUUAGCCAUAGCCCAGAUGGUGAACAUGCCUGAUGCCCCUACAGGAAGGAGAUCACAGGUACUGUACAAGUUUUAAGAUUGUAAAGAGGAAAGCCAUGACUGUAAAAAAAAAAAAAAAAAAAAAAAAGUUGUCUUGUGAAGAGCCAGAGUUUUAUAGGACAUGUUUUCUAAUGUACGGAAA